AUGGCAAGCAAUUUGAGUUCGGAGGACUAUUUGCAAAUCCUGGACUCCAUUCGAAGCGCUUAUAGCAAAGUGAAUAGUGCUGGAGAUGAAGAACCAACAACGGAAUUACAACAGAUCCGCGAGGCCUUUGCAAGCUUGACUGAUGAAGAUAAGAGAAGACUUUAUGAUGAGCUUGGAAGGGAUCUUGUAGCCAUUCAAGAACCAACUCAACAACAACGAAUGGUGAAUGAAAGCAGGAGCAACAGCCGACCGGCCGAUGGGGUGCCAAAUGGUACCGGUGUGAGUCAAAGAGGCGCAUCGACAUUUUUUUCGGACCUGUUUGGUGCAAGCGAGUCAAAUGGAAGGAGCGGUCCAUUCGGAGGAAUAUUCAGUAGCUUGGGCAGCGUGCUAGAUGGAUUGGGUGGAUUGGGCAGCGGCAGUACGAGUUCCCCAAGGGCGAGUAUGCCAGAUCGCCCACUAAGACAGCAAUAUGAUAUCAUUCCAGAAGGGACAAUUGUGUCGUUACAAGGAUUGGUUAGUCGGCCAGACAUAAACGGGGAUCGCGGAACAGUAAAACAACACGAUCCUAGUUCUGGUCGAUACACGGUUGUUUUGGAAGAUUCCGAAAAAAACAUGAAGGUUAAGCCAUCCAAUCUAGUCCAGAACUCUAAGGUGGAGCUGGUUGGUCUUGAAAGUAUACCAGAAUUGAAUGGUGAACAUGCUGAAAUCCUUUCGUGGGAUGCGAAAUCUGAAAGAUACAUAGUAUUUGUCAUGGGUCGAGUUUCCAGGGCCAUUGGUGUGAAACCUAGCAAUGUUCUUCUUCGCAAUUGCACUGUCGUAAUGAUCACAGGGCUCCAACUAAAACCAGAGCUAAACGGGAAAUUUGGUACUAUCAAGAGUUUCAACAUUGAGACAUUGCGAUAUGAUGUCCAACUAUCCAAGGAGAAGGUACUGAGACUGAAACUGGAAAACGUUCAUGUUUGA